AUCGGGAGCCUGCAACAAUGGCGGCGGGGCCCGGCGUCUCCAUGCAGGGCAGUCCUCUUACCGAACCCGUCCUGUCUGUUCAGCAAGGAGGUAACCAGUCCAAGGGGGAUCGGAUCAAAACGGAAGAUGUUACAGAAGCAGAGAAGCAAAGUCGAAUGGCUGCACUAUUGGAGCGUCUUCAUGCAAAACACAAUGCCUCAAGACCAUGGCAGGAGACAUGCAAAGUUGUUCGGCAAUCCAUGGAGAAACGUGGUAUGAUGAAUGCUGCUGGUCAUCAGCUGUUGCUGAAUUGUCUGGAAACCUUGCAGAGGGCGCUCAAAGUCACCUCGCUUCCUUCCAUGACGGAUCGUCUUGAGUCAAUUGCCCGACAAAACAUGCUGGGCUCCCACCUCAGCCCAUCAGGAACAGAGUGCUACAUUACAUCUGACAUGUUUUACGUGGAGGUGCAGCUGGACUCCUGUGGACAGUUGGUGGACGUCAAAGUGGCCCAUCAAGGAGAGAACCCCACAAGCUGUCCAGAGCUUAUUCAGCAUCUGAGGGAGAAGAACUUUAAAGAGUUUUCCAAACAUCUAAAAGGACUAGUGGACCUAUACAAACUUCCUGGAGACAAUAAACUGAAGACCAAGAUGUACAUCGCUCUGCAGUCUCUUGAGUUGGACCUCACCAAGAUGAUGCACAUGUUUCGGUUAGCAACAAAUGCAACACCAGUAGAGACCAUCCUUCAUGGCAGUGUGGGUUUGCUGACCGCCAGGAGUGGAGGACAUCUUGUAUCACUUCAGUGUUAUGUGUCCCCUUAUGACAUAUUUGAGGAGGAAAUGAGUCUUGAUGGGAAUGUUCCACGUUCACUGGGUGUAAGUGUGUCAGUCACUAUUGAAGGAACAUCUUCGAUUUACAAGCUUCCGAUUGCUCCUCUCAUUACGGGAUCACACCCAGUGGACAACAAAGGGACACCUUCAUUUUCUACGGUGACAAAUUCCAACUGUGUGGACUUACCAGCUUGUUUUUUCCUCAAGAUGAACCGCCCCAUGCCAUUCUCAUGGUCCUUUAUUCAGAGGCUGAACAAUGCUACAUCCAUCCCAGUUUUUGAGGGGGCCCCAAAUCUUUCGCCCCUCUAUAAGUUAAUCGUCCAGAGCCAGCUUCAAGAUGAAAAUGGCUCAUCACCAGCACCUUCACACAACAUGCAUUUCUUUUCUAUGUUGCCGGAUCAGCAACACUGCUACUUCCUAAAUGGUGAUGCCCCUGUACAGGAUGGCCAUUCACUGCAGGGUGCACUGCUGACUAAGAUCCCCUUCCGCCAUCCUGCUCAGGUGCCUCUCCUGCUAGAUAUAGUUCGUCACCAAGCUGCUUAUAAUACACUGAUUGGCAGCUGUGUUAAACGGACCUCCAUCAAAGAGGAUGCCGCUGGUCUUCUGCAGUUUGAAGUCUGCCCUCUCACCGACUCCAGCUUCAGUGUCUCUUUCCAGCAUCCAGUCAAUGAGUCGUUAGUGUGUGUUGUGAUGGAGGUGAUUGACUCCAGACAGGUUUCCUGCAAACUGUACAAAGGACUUUCAGAUGCGCUUAUCUGCACGGAUGAGUUCAUCACCAAGGUAGUACAAAGGUGCAUGUCUAUUCCUGUGACAAUGAGGGCUAUCCGGCGGAAGGCGGAGACCAUCCAGGCUGAUACUCCAGCCCUUUCCCUGAUAGCACAGACAGUGGAGAACCUUCCACCAUCUGGUAGUCCUACUUUCAACAUGGCAGCUGGCGAUAUGACCAACCCAGUUGGACUUCCUGGACUUACUGGCAGCAGCACCCCAACUGGUGGUGGGCUACCUGGGGGACCAAACUUCACAGGCCCAAUCACUUCUUUGUUUGGGAUAUCAAGACAAGAGAGGCAAUCGCAAGGUGGGGAAUGCCCCAGCCAGAGUGGGCUUGCUGGCCAGCAGCAGCAGCAGCAGCAACAGCAGCAGCAGCAACAACAGCAGCAGGGUCAAGGUAAUUCUGACGAUUACAGCAAAGUCACUCAGAAUCCAAUAUUGACGAGUUUGCUGCAGAUCACUGGCAGUGUAGGUUCUAGUCCUAGUUCACAGAAUGCACCGCCACCUCACCAAACCCCACCCCCUACGUCCUCACCUGCCAGCAACACCAAAAAUCAUCCUAUGUUGAUGAAUCUGUUAAAAGACAACCCCACUCAAGAUUUUGCUGCAUUGUAUGGUUCAAGUCCAUUGGAAAGACAGAACUCUUCUUCUGGGUCACCACGCACCGAUGGAAUGGGCGGGCCCUGCCCUUCUGGCAACCCCAAGGUUAAGAAGAAGCGCCCAAAGGGACCCGUGAUGCCUGCAGCUUCCGGGGCUCCGAGUGGAGGUGGGGCUGCAGGCAUAAAGUCUCAACAGACCGCAUCCAUGUCACAGCACCAUUUACAGCAUCAAGUCACACAUGAAGAUGACUUCCAUCGCGAGCUCCUAUCAAUGGAUGUAGAUGCAUCUCAAAACAUAUUUGAUGUUAACUUGCCAGUUGAAGGCUUGGAUACCCCUCACAGCAUCACUCCUGCUCCCAGCCAGUGUGGAAGCCCACCUUCUGGCCCCAAUAUACCAUAUUCACAGACCCAUGUCCAAUCUCAGCAGCCACAAACAGGUGCUGGUCCCCCCCGGACCGUGCGCCUCUCUAGCUCUGAUAGUAUCGGUCCAGAUAUUACAGAGAUAUUGUCUGAUCUGCCAGAGCAACCAGGCAAGGGCAGCAGUGGAAAUCAUGGCCAGCACAACCUGGCAAGUGGUGGUGAGGAUGGGGGUCCACUUGGCACUCCAAUUCGCGACUCAUCCAGUUCCGGCCAGGGUAGUGCAGUGUUUGACUCAGCAGAUAUUUUCAAUACAAACAGCAACGAGAAUCCUUUCACAGAUCCAGCUGACCUCAUUGCUGAGGCAGCGAGUGACUCCUCCUCCACCAACUUUUUCCCUGAUGCUGCUGACUUUAACCCUGACCUCCUGACCUCUGGCCAUGGCUUCUCUCAGAACUAUUUUGAUGACAGCUCUCCAAGUGCUGAUGGUGACUUGGACCUUGUCAAGGGGUUUGGAGGAGGCAGUCAACAGAAUACACCAUCAGGCACACCCCAAAAUCCAACUCCCCAUGGACGAAGCACCCCAGAGUCCUCAUUGAAGGAUCCUUUUGACAUGGCAAUUGUCUUUGGGGGAAACAGUGGUGGGGGCAAACCACUAAUGGGUCAAGCUCCAGAUCUUGGUGAUGGGCGUUCUCAAAGUCCCCUCAUGAGUAUCACGCCAACACCUAGUGAAUUUAAAAGUUCAGAACCCAAAGUUAAACCACAACAGGGACUCAAUCGCCCAAAAGAAGAUAAUGGUGCAAAUUCAGGAAGUGGAUCAGGAUUGGGCAGUAUUUCAUCUGAGGGUAAGCAAGUUAAACGCAGUAGAACCCCAUCCAGUGAAGGAAAGUCCAAAGAUAAGCCUCCUAAACGCAAAAAGCUUGACCCAGAUGGGAAAUCCCCAUCUCAUAGUUCAGGUGGAAGACCUUUCACCCCUCCUAGUGGUGGCCAAGGCUCUGGAGGAAGUCUAAGUGGAGGGGGUUCAAAGUCUCCCGGUAGUUCAGGACGUUCACAAACUCCCCCUGGUGGUGCCACGCCUCCCAUUCCCAAAAUAACUAUACAGAUUCAAAAAGGGACAAUAACUGGAGGAAAAACAUCUUCUCACAGUGGGUACACCUCCAGCAGUUCAAGCUCAAGCGGUCCAGGUGGAUCAGGGGGAAUCAGCAGCAGUAAAAGUCACCAUUCUCACUCUUCAUCUGGGAAAAUCAAGUCCAAAGACGGUUCCAUGACUCAAGGUAGCAGCUCCAAACCGGGGAGUGGAGGAAGUGGAGCCUCUCAAUCCAAAGGCUCCUCUCAGGGGAUGGGCGUGGGAAAACCUGGAUCCUCUCCAAUUACCAAACACGGACUCUCUGGGUCUGGUGCAAGUGGCAGUGGAAGUAAGAUUAAGUCCCAGGGUGGUAAACCUUCUGGGUCGUUAAUGAAUCCAGGCAUUAAGCCCAACAUCUCUCCAUCUCACUCUCGCUCUAGUGGAUCUGGGGACAAACUGUCAUCCCCACUUAAAAUUCAGCAAUCUCAGGUAGCUGGAACUACCUCUUCCUCCAAGGCCAAAUCGCCCAUUGGGUCAGGAGGUAGCAGUACAUGUGGGUCAAAGUCUUCCUCUGGUGGUGGAGGCAUGUCCUCCCAGAAGCCAAUGAGUGGUGUAUCCUCAGGUUCCACAUCUGCAUCCUCAUCCAACUCUUCUAGCUCUGGUGCAACUGGCAGCUCUGGUGGCUCUCAGUCUCAGUAUGCGGGGAGUGGAGGAGGUGGAUCUGGUGGAGGUAGUGGAGCAGCAGGUCAGAACAAUGCAAACAACCCAAAUGCCAAGGGGAAGUCUCCUAGUCGCAACAAGAAGCCUUCAUUGACUGCAGUUAUUGAUAAGUUAAAGAGUGUUGGUGGGGGAGGGUCAGGGGAGGAUGGGGAUAUUGGACCAACAGGAGGAGGUGGGAGUGGUUCUGGAUCUGCCCAAGGUGGCAGUUCUGGUAAUCCAUUAAAUAGUGGAUCCACUAAUUUAGGUCCAUCCAAGCACUCUGGCUCCUCCCAAAGUGGAGACUAUAAACGUGAAAAAUCUGAUAAAGAGGGGAAAACAAAAGUGUCCGUUUCAGGGGGAAACAGCGGGGAUAAGAAACUGAUGGAUCCAAAAUCAGGAGGAGGGAGCAGUUCAGGUCUGGCCAAGAUUAUCAUCAGCAAGCCUGAUGGUGGCUCACCUAGUAUCAAGGCCAAAGUCACACUGCAGAAAGGAGGGGACAGUUCUGCAGAGUCAAUGCGUCCUCAGAUUUCUAGUCUCAAAGCAUCUCCUCUGUUCAGCGGCUCAACGCCCAAACAUGACCGCUCGUCCCCAAGUCACAGCCGCUCCCCUGGGUACACCCCACUCAACCAUGACAGCGAGAGUGAGUCUGGCAGCAGCUCAGUGGCAGAAAAAUCCCACCAAAACAGUCCCAGCUCUGACGACGACCAGGCUAUUCGCCCACUCCCCAGUCAAGAGUACAUGAACUCUAUCCCACUCAGCUCGGGUGAGAAGCACAAGAAACACAAGAAAGAGAAGAAGAAGCAGAAAGAGAAGGAGCGUGAAAGGGAUAGAGAGAGGGACAGGGAGAAGGAGAAAAAAAAGUCCUCAUCUAUGGGAACAUCCUCCCAUCCAAUAAAAGCUGAUAGUUGGUCUCGCUCACCCAUCUCUGUAUCUGAAACCGCCAUUUCCAUGCACAGCUCGGAGCGUCCUUCCAGAUCAAGUCCAAUGUACAUGAGAAAUGAGGAUGAUGACCUCAUGGACUCUGCACUAACUGGAAACCUUUAAUUUUACACAUGUUUAUAAUGCCAACCUUUUAUGAUUGUAGUCCUAUUUAUUUUAUUGCAUGUUGAGCUAAUGAGUAGCGUUGUUCCAGAGUUGAUAGAUGUUCAACUGGUUGUGAUCAAGGUGGCAGGAUAUUUAAACAGAGCUGGCUGAACUUCAUGCUUGUCUCAAUUCAAAUAGCCUUUAUUUGUCUAUGGCCUUGAGAGGAAUUGUAACCAAGUGCAUAGUCAAAUGUGUAUUUCAUCCCAACCACCAAUAAUUAUGGUUAGAUGGACUGUCACAUCGUGUAAUUUAAUUGACAAUUCAGAAUAGCAAAAGCUGUUGUUGUAAGAAACCCUCGUGACCAUGUUUGGUCCAGUUUGUAACACAGUACGUUAGAGGUGUUACCUCGAAGCAAGGAUUGUUCGAUGUGGCCUUGUUUUUUUGUUUUGUUUUUUAGACUUGUAACAAACAUUUCAUACUGAUGGAGUUUUUAAAGCUUGAAAUAA